AUGCCAGGAGACGCAGCAGCCAUCGACUUGGGCGUGUUGCAGCAGCAGCUGCAAACGCAUCGCUCCUCACUAGCCGACCAGAUCAUGCAACAUUUGCCUGAUCAGACCAGCACUUCUUCACACGCGCCGCAGCCGACGCAAAGUGCUCGGCGACCGGCGACCCUCGGCGUGGGCGCAUCUACGUCCCAGCCAAACAGUUACAGUGCAGCUGAUCAUAAAUUUCGUGCCAAGCUCGGUGCCAAAGCGGGUAGGAAGCGUAGCUUCGAGGACAUAAAACCAGCGGCGCCACCUGAAGACGACGACGAGGGAGACUCGCGCGGCUCAGCCGCACAGAAACGCGCACGACCACAACGUCGAAUGGACAUGUUUGCUGCGGCAGAAGCCAAAAUCAAGGCUGGCAAAGAAAAGGCGCAGGUACAUGAUGUGCCGCCACACGUUGCGACCAUGAGUAAAGCGCAACGAAAAAAGUGGAACAAGCAGCAACGCAUCGCAGCUUCCGAGAAGAGCAACUCACCUUCGUCAGGGGAACCGCCAGCCAUGACACCCUUGCAAUCUUCCAUGCUGGCUAGUCUGCAAGGUGCACGAUUCCGCUCCAUUAACGAGCGCCUAUAUACCCAUCCCUCACGCGACGCGCUUGCCUUUAUGCAGGAUGACCCACAACUUUUUGACGACUACCAUGCUGGGUUCCGGCAGCAAGUUCGAAAAUGGCCUAAGAAUCCCGUGGACAAGAUUGCUGAGCUUUUGACGCCUAGUAAGAAAGCCAAGUCGACGCAUAGGAUCCGCGCUGCAUCGAUACCUGGUGCCCUGGUGGUAGACAUGGGUGCCGGCGAAGGCGGGCUCGCUAAAAUGCUGGCGGCGCAUGGCUUUCACACCCUGAGCUACGAUCUAGUUGACACGCCUGAUGGCUGGGUGCGCGGGCUCGAUGCAGCUGCCCUUCAUGCUCUACCUUUGCCAGGCAUCUAUACGCCUCUGGGCAUCGUCUGGGAUCGCGAUGCCAAUUUUAUAACAGCAGCUUCUACCGUUGACGUUGUCGUAUUUUGCCUGAGUCUAAUGGGUACAAAUUGGGUGGAUAUGAUAUGUGAGGCAUGGCGUGUGCUUAAGCCGAAUGGCGAAAUGGUCAUUGCUGAAGUCACUAGCCGACUCGGCUCGACAGGCGACACUCAUGCCUUCACGGAACUGCUCUGUGCGCUAGGCUUUCACGUGGAUUGGGUCGACACCACCAAUACGCACUUUGUGCUAUUGACGUGUACCAAAACAGUCGAGGCACGCCAAGCCGAUACGAGCCAACCAGGGCCUACACUGUGUCCAACGGCGUCCCCAUCUGAGUUGCGUCGCGCUGUGACCAAUGCAGCACAGGCCAACGACGCGCGUUCGACCUUGGUGCAGGUGGGUGCGGACGUGUUAAAACCGUGUUGGUACAAGCGACGAUAA